GUACGGCAAGUCAUUGCUAGUUAUGAACAGUGUUAAUAAGCUACAGAUUCUACUAUGUAUCAUCUCCGGAAUAUGUCUUGCCAGUAUGUAUAUAAAUGCACAGUCUAUAUUCUAUACUGACCAUCAGUGAUCCAUUAUGGACUGGGACAGGACACAGCCCAUCUUUCUUCUCACAACGCCCUCAUGGUCCGCAAGGUAUCUAGAUACUCAUACUCUUAUCAAUUCCAUUCAGGUUAUAUUUCUGCUCUUAACGUCUUACAGCUCCUCUACAUCUUCGAGAUCUUCUACGUGCUCAACCUGCUCCUCAUCAAACUCUCCAUCCUGGCGCUGUACCGCCGCAUCUUCACCGACGUGUCUCGCUUCUUCCGGAUCGGCGCUCUCAUCUGCGCCAGUGUCGCCCUCGCCUGGGCGCUGGCGUUUAUCCCCGCGGCCAUCUUUCAGUGCACGCCCGUCGCCAAGGCAUGGGAAGCCGUCGAUCGCGAACAGGGACCAGGACACUGCAUCCAGCUGAAGAUCGGCUUCUACUGUGUUGCUCUGCCCAAUAUCCUGACCGAUCUUGCUAUCCUUGCCUUACCGGUGCGGAUCUGUUGGCAGCUCCACGGCAGCAUUCUGUACCGCCUAUCCAUCAUUAGUAUUUUUCUCCUCGGUGCUUUUGUCGUCGGAGUCAGUCUCUAUCGGUUCACUACUCUAUUCGCAUAUUCCACUCGAAACGUAUCAGGAACCAUCGCGCCAGCGACGGUCUGGUCGGUGAUUGAAUGCGCGGUGGCCAUCAUCUGCGCCUCGCUGCCCACAUUGAUGCCCCUGGUCCGUCUCUUGUCCUGCCGUGGCCGUCGUCUGUCUCACUCGAGUGCAGAGAGCAGCCAGCGUCGAGGGUUUUGCAGAAAGCAGACUUCAUAAGAAUAGGAUAGGAUUGAAUUAGAAUUGAGAAUUGAGAUAAUUAUGCUACUAGUUCAAGGCAUAUGGAGGUAGAUCUGCAGGAGGGAAACAUCUGUCAUACGCGUUGGCGUCGUUCCCCCACCACGAGGGGAAGCUGAGGUUGGG